GAAAUUUAUUUUUGAAUGGAAAAACUGUCUUUCUCUUUCCUGUCUGUUCUUUUCACACCUUCAGGUUCGCCGGUUCGCCCUAUAUAGUCCUGCACUCCACCCGUCUACCCAUCUUCCCCUCUUUCUCCCCUCUCCUAAUUUUGGGAUUUUGUUCAAUAAUUUAUUAAUUCCCCCCCAAAUUUGCGUAUUCUUGGUGCAAAUUCAUCAUCCAGGGUUGGGGUGAAAGGAGGUGAAGUGGAAUUACAGUUGGUUGUUUCGGAAGCUUAAAACAAUUCAAUCACUGUGAUUAGUUUAGAAUUAUACUGCCACUCCCGCUCCCUUUUUGGAGUACGGGGUCGGUUCGGUUCAAACUCUUCGCUACUGGGUGAAAGAUGCCUCUUCUGAUGCUGCAAAGUUUAUAGUUAAUCGGGGGUUCUUAGGCCACAACAUUUCAUAGGUGGCGGCUCAUAUUUUUGUAGCAUGAGCACCAGGAGUGCCAGCCGCAAUUCCCAAAUAAGGAAAAUGGUGUUAGAUGUUGACCUUAAUGUGCCACCCGCUAAUUUUGGUGAGGUUGGCACAUCGAGCCACGUGGCUCCUGUUGUUGCACCAGUUCAAGCCGAGCAGCAACGUUCCGUACCACAAGUAGUGCCGAUUGAUGUGGAUUCACUUGAUGAUGAUGUUGUUUUAUGCUCUCCUAGGGCCUUUGCGGAGGCCAAAAAUAAUUCAAGAAGGAAUCAGACUAGAACUAAUGUCGUUGACAUUGAUCGGGAGUCUUCUACCAGAAAUGCAGCUAAUCAACGUAACAAGCGGCAAAGAAUCUCAACAACCCUACCUAUUAUCAACUGUGAAUCAUAUGUAAUUUCGAGUGGUUUUCCAGCGCAAAAAAGAAGCGUGGUCCCGCAACCGCCUCCUCCUCCUCCUCCGGAGCCUACUUUCAGUUGUCCUGUUUGCAUCAGUCCAUUGGUUGAAGAGGUGACAACAAAGUGCGGUCAUAUUUUCUGCAGGGCAUGCAUUAAGAAAGCAAUAUCUUCUCAAGGGAAGUGUCCUACCUGCAGGAGAAAGGUGACAUUGAAAGAUACAAUCAGGAUCUACCUACCUACAACUAGAUAAACUUGAGACUCCUAUAUAAUAUGUCAAGGAGAUUGUUGAUGCUUUCUGAAGCUGGUGGUAGAGGUUAAAGAAGAAGUCACCGAUCUCGAGCAAGUUAUUGAUGAACACAGCUAUUUUAAAGGAAAAGGUGGGGGUAGUAUCCCCCCUAUGCCAAUAUCCGGGAAUUUGUAAAGUGAUGUCCUUUAUAUUGGUGGAACCUUUAGAAUGCCCCAAUUUAGAUUUCUCAUUCUUACUUCUCCUUUCUUUUAGUUUCAGCCUUGGGGCUUCAAGGUUACCUCAUCCCGUUGGGUCAUACUCAUACUAUCGCUGAUAUUGUCGGCAAUGUCUUAGAUGAGCUUAUCAAUAUGAAAUGUUGAAACAUUCAAUUUAUAAUGAUUAGUUGGAUUGGUUUUGGUGAUGAA